GGAGCUCUCAGCCAGACCAAGCCAAGCUUCAGAAUGGCUAAGGCAACUAAGAAGUCACAGGAUCCUACUAAAAAUGUCAAGCCAUCAACUUCAGGUAUGAAGUCCAAGAAAGCCAAAACUCGCCGUGAGACCAAAGCCAGAGCUGCUGGCAAUAAGGAUGGUGAAUCCAGUUCCAGAAGCUGUAGAAUGGCGCAAGUGGUUACCAAGGUCAAGAAAACCCGACCACGGAGCCCAAAGAGAAAGGCUUCUGAGAAAACUACAACCUCUACCAGAAAGACCAAACGAGCCAACAAGAAGUCACUGUUUGGCCAGUACCACCGCCUGAUGGAAGAGAUGGCCCGUACCGAGACUGAUCCAGGCCAAAGCAGCAGCGUAGAGAGCUGCAGUGUCUCAACAAGUGACCUGGAAAGCCAGUAGCCUCCGAGUGCCGCAAGAGACCUAGCAAUCUGUGCAAAGGUCUGGCAACUAGGCAAUGUGAAACUGUGUAGGCUGAAUUUCCCUACACAGCACUUUGAUGUUGAUCAAAAUAAAAUCAAUCUGAAAUGAAAA